AAUUAGAAAGCAAAACAAUCAGGUUUCGAACGGUCCUUUUCAGCAGGUACUCCAGCGCGAUAGGUGGCGAUAACCAUUCCUCUUGCACGAGACUCACAGAGGAAGAAGAGGAAUAAAAAACGCGGGCGAAGUGUGGAGCAGAGCUAACAGUGCUAACCGUGGAGCUGACAGUGUAACCGCGGAGCUGAGAGGAACAAAGGUCAGUCAUGCAGUCCUGCAGUUCUGCUCUCUGUAUCCUGAUCUUACUGAUCUCUACAGUCACUACUGCUGUUCCUCCAGUGAAGGUGAAUCUUCAUGACUCUGCUACUCUGUCCUGCUCUGAGAGAUGCUCUGGUUUGGUCAGAUGGUCUGUAUCUCAUAAACCCACUGAUGUUCUGGCUGAGUGUGAUCAGACUUCAUGUAGAUCAGUGAAGGAGGGAUAUCAGAUGAUCCAUGAUCAGUACCUGAAGGGGAAUCUCUCUCUCACCAUCACUGAAGCUGAUCUCACUAAGAGAGGCUGGUACACAUGUCAGUGUGAUGAUAAAGAGCUCUGUGAUGUGAAUCUUCAGAUUGAGCCCUUUAACACUAUGGUUCAGAUAGAGCCUGGUGAAUCUCUGGUCCUGGAUUUGGACGUAUCAGAUUCUGUGAAGGUGAUUUAUAACAGCACAGAUGCAGCUAAUCGAUCCAGUGGUCAGAUCUGUACAGUGGAUAGAGAUUCACUACAGUGUAAACCUGAAUACACUCAGAGAGUGUCAGUAAUCUCUGCUCUGGAGCUGAGAGCAGUGACUCCAUCUGAUAACGGGGUUUAUACUAUACUGACCGUCAGGGAAGAAGAAGUUAUCCACACCUACUCAGUGACCGUCCAAGGUGACCACUCAGAUCUGGACACAGAUAAAGGAGCUGCUGUACCACCGUGUGUGAUUGUACUGAGUGUGAUGGGAGCUGCUGUGAUUGUGGGGUUAGUGAUGAAGAUUCUGGUGCUGAGGAGAGAAAAUCAGCUUCUACGAAUGGAAGGUGCAAAGAACCGAGCUCAGAUGAACCAUCACUCUGACCACAGUCCAGGUGAAGAGAGACUGUCACCCCACGAUAAUGAAUGACCAGGACCUCAGAGAGAGGUUACGCUCAGGAUCUGGACAGCGUCGCUGUAAAAAAGCACUAUAAGACUGACUUGACUUGACCAAUCAGGGCUGAGCUUCUGACCAGUCGGGGACUGAUGGAGUCCAGUCACGCUUUUCUUAGUGACGUUUGUGGCAUGAAUCACAUGAAGAUCAGUUCUUAUGGUUCUUAGUAAGAGAAAAUGAAUUAUACUACAGAUAUCAGGGCUGUAAACUACUUAUUACUCCAAUAAGCACUGAGAUGUUAUUAAUGUAAUGAUUCAUUUUCUGUGUUUAAACAGACUCUAAUGAUUUCACAUGAUUGGCUGUUCAUCAUAGACAUCACACUUUCAUGUUCAGAGCACUAAACACAGCCUGAGUAUCUGAAUGAACAGCUUAGCAGAGAAAGUUGUUAAACGAGUUUAAUACUGUUCCCUCUGUUCGGCUUUGUGGAACUCAGUCAGGUGAACAGGGUUGAUGUUCUGCUUAAACUGUACACCAAGCGGCCACUUCAUUAGGUCCACCUCCUUGUUUCUACACUCACUGUCCAUCUUAUCAG